UAGGCGGCUGACGAAGACUCAUUGCGCAUGCGCAGAGUCUGUCAACAAAACAGCCCGGGCCGAGUGGCCGCGUCCAAAAAUGUGAUUUUCCACUUGUGAUAUUUAUCGAACACCGCACGAGCGAUUGAUAAACGUCAUGGACGCCGUGAAGGAGCGACUUAUUCAUUUCGCAGAAGAGGCUCACGAUUUGUAUCUGAGCCGAUCGGUGCCUUACGUGGACGGUCCACCCGAGCCGCUGGACUUCUACCGCCAGUGGAUCGCUCCCAACAAGCCGUGCAUCAUACGUAACGCCUUGGACCAUUGGCCGGCUCUGUCCAGGUGGACGCCCGCGUACCUCAGGGAGAAGGUGGGCUCCAAGGUCAUCAGCGUGGCGCUCACCCCCGACGGCUACGCCGACGCCGUCAAAGGCGAUCGAUUUGUGACGCCCGAGGAGCGGCGCAUGAGCUUUUCCUCCGUGCUCGACGUCAUCCAAGGAAAGGUGAAGCAGCGCGGCGUGUUGUACGUUCAGAAGCAGUGUUCCAACUUAGUGGAGGAGCUCCCCGAGCUGACGGCCGACGUGGACGCGCACGUUGCCUGGAUGAGCGCGGCACUGGGGAGGUUGCCCGACGCCGUCAACUUCUGGCUCGGCGAGGCCAACGCCGUCACGUCUCUCCACAAAGAUCCUUACGAGAAUCUUUACUGCGUCAUCUCUGGACAGAAGGACUUCAUCCUGCUGCCACCCACCGACAGACCCUUCAUUCCUUAUGGCCUCUACCAGCCCGCGGUCUACCGCCAGAAGGACGACGGCGACUUUGAGAUGGUGGACCGGAGCGAGGGCGAGAAGGUGCCGUGGAUCCCCGUGGACCCGCUGGCCCCGGACCUGGAGCGCUACCCCGCGUACGGCCGGGCGAGGCCGCUGCGCUGCAGCGUGAAGGCGGGAGAGAUGCUCUACCUGCCGUCCUUGUGGUUCCACCACGUCAGGCAGUCGCACGGCUGCGUUGCAGUGAACUUCUGGUACGACAUGGACUUUGACAUCAAGUACAACUACUUCACGCUCCUGGACGACAUUUCAGCCGUCACCUCCCGACACUGAGCCGACCGCCGGCCUGCAGCGCGCCGCAGAGCCACACGGGGGCGACGUGACAAAUGGUGUCGCGUCGCAAGGGGCUCGAUGAAACUCAACUCCGACUUGAUGAGGACUUGGUGUUAACCGUGUCACCCAGAGGCAGAGCCAAAAUAGUCGCACCCGCGCAUUUUCGUUCAUGAAGCGCCAACUGCAGACGCGACCAAAAACUGUCACCUAAGUCGCCACGCAAGUCGCUUGCUAAGAGGGGAAAGUACCUCGGUUCAAGCGUCACGGCUCAGUCCGCUCCCGAAUCCCACUCGGGAAGAUCUUGCCCUUGAUGUGGGGCUGCCCGCCGCGUACGUACUUUGUCCAAACUCGCGACUGCCGUCAGAAAAUGUCAAAGUUUUAAAAUGGCCGCCGGCGCAGGUCACCGUUGGCUUGCUUUCAUUCUGAUUAAAUCCGAGAAGGACAA